UUUAGAAUGAGUAUGUUCUUGAUAAUACAAGUGAUCUGACCUCUUUCCGAAGCAAUAAUGACUCUGCACAUAAAACAGUUUCUACUGAUUGCGGUUGUUGCUGUUCUUUAUACAAAAGCAUCAACUCAACCAAUAUCACUACCAAACUGCCCAUCAAAGUGUGGUUGUGUCACCAUUCCCUACCCAUUUGGAACCACCAAAGAUUGUUCCCUAGACAACACCUUUCUCAUCAAUUGCAGCCAAACUUCACACGUACCAUUCUUCCAAGAGGAAGCUGAUAAUUAUGAUUCUGAUUCUGAUUAUUAUAAUAUAAGUGUUCUAAACAUCUCAUUGGAUGGUGUGCUGCGUGUUGCAUGGCCAAUAUCCAGCGAUUGCUACGAUGAAAAGGGUAAACUUGUGAACGAAACAACUCCGGAUAUCACACUGACAUAUUUUGACAUCUCGUCAAGUCAAAACAAGUUUAUAGCAGUUGGUUGUGACACAUUGGGAAUAUUCACAGCAUUUGAUUCUGGGGGAAAAGUCUAUGCCACAGGAUGUGUGGCUUACUGCAACAACCUUAAUGAUACUGAGGCCAAUAAAUGUUCAGGCAUUGGCUGUUGCGAGAUUUCAAUGCCCCAAGGUCACUUGUUUGCAGAAGUAAACUAUGGUUCUAAGAACAUAUCAGACGAUAAUCACAAAUCAGUACAUGGCUUCAAUCCAUGUGGUUAUGCGUUCAUCAAUGAACUGGUUAUUCUUUCCCAAAUCAACCAUAGAAAUGUGGUAAAGCUUUUUGGCUUUUGUUUGGAGACAGAAGUUCUCUUGCUUGUUUAUGAAUUCAUUCCCAAUGGCACAGUUCAUGAGCAUUUGCAUGGCUCCGUCACUGAUUUGCAUGAUAAAAACCAAUCUAUAAAGCUAACAUGGAAAACAAGAUUAAGAAUAGCAAAAGAAACCGCUGGUGUCCUGGCAUACUUACAUUCCGCCGCUUCUACACCUAUCAUACAUAGAGACGUGAAAUCUAGAAAUAUACUCCUAGAUCGCAAUCUCACUGCAAAGGUUUCUGACUUUGGAGCUUCAAGGAUUGUACCUCUUGAUCAUAGUCAGAUAAACACUCUAGUGCAGGGGACAUUGGGGUAUCUUGACCCAGAAUACCUCCACACAAGCCAGUUAACAGAGAAGAGUGAUGUUUAUAGUUUUGGAGUUGUCCUAGCAGAGUUGCUGACAGGAAAGAAGGCACUAUCUUUUGACAGGCCAGAGGUUGAAAGAAACCUUGCUUCAUACUUUGGUUCUUCAAUGAAAGAGGGUCGGUUACUUCAUAUUUUGGACCAAAAUAUAGAUGAAGCAAAUAUUGAGCAAGUAAAAGAGGGUGCCCAUAUUGCAGAACGCUGUUUAAGGGUGAAGGGCGAGGAUAGACCCACCAUGAAAGAAGUAGCAAUGGAACUAGAAGGAAUAUUAGUUAUUGAAGAGCAUCGUUGGGGAAGUGACAAUUUGUCUUCAGAAGAGACUGAAAACUUGAUAGGAAUGAAGGCAUUAUCUUUUGACAGGCCAGAGGUUGAUAGAAACCUUGCUGCAUACUUUGGUUCUUCGAUGAAAGCGGGUCGGUUACUUCAUAUUUUGGACAAAAGUAUAGACAUGGCAAAUAUUGAGCAACUAGAAGAGGCUGCCCAAAUUGCAGAGUGAUGUUUAAGGGUGAAAGGUGAGGACAGACCCACCAUGAAAGAAGUGGCAAUGGAACUAGAGGGAAUAGUAGUUAUUGAAGAGCAUCGUCGGGGAAUUGACAAUUUGUCAUCAGAAGAGACUGAGAACUUGCUCAAAAAUGUUGAAGAUGGCAUUAGUGGAAGUGGCAUUAAUUCUUCUGAUCCAUAUAGCUUAAACCAGAUGUCAAUGUCAACGUUUGGUGGAAGAUGAUUAGUUGAUAUUAAUACUCAUGGUUAGAUCUUAAUCUA